UCCCCACCCACCAGAGUUCAUAAAAGUUUAGCCCAGAUCCAGUGUCUGUGAGAAUACUUGGAGAAAUUAUCAAGGAGUAACGUUAGGCUAACGUAACUAUUGGGUCGCUUAAGUUGUAUAUCAUUUAUCUGAGAGGGCGGUUUUUUUACACCAGAUCUGCUGUUUGUAAAAAAAAAAAAGAGGCAAAUAAACAGACUAGAUUUAUUCAACAGGGUUGAAUAAGAAGGAUUUUUAAAGCUGGACUGGACUGCCGUCUGAUAAUUGUGGAACAAUGGAUAGGCCUACUCACAAGCGGAUCGGGCAUCGGAUCGGGAAAGCCCCUGCUCGACGAAACCUGUUCGGCCCUGUCGACAGAGAGCAGCUGCAGGUGGAGUACAAGGCUGCCCUGCAGAAAGACCUGGAGGAGGCUUGCCAGCGAUGGGGCUUCGACUUCAUCUCAGACAAGCCUCUGGAGAGCAGCGAUUUCCAGUGGCAUGCCAUCCCAGCCACCAAGGUGCCGCUGAUCUACAGAUCCUGUAUGCUUGGUCCGGGACGUACGGGACAUACAGAAGGUCAGAGGGCAGCAGAGGCAGCAGUUAAGCCCAAGGGACAAGGAAUGGUAGAGCCACCACAGAGUGACAAGGAGAACAUCCCAUGUUCGCCAGAGAGAUGUGCGCUCAACCUGGAGAAAACACUAGAGAGAAGAGAGAACACAGGGCUGAAGAGGAAGCAGACAAACAUUACAGAUUUCUAUCAGGCUAAAAGAAGAGUAGUUUGGAUGCCACUCAAAUCCAGCGAGUGAUUUCCAGUGCAGUAUCCUGCAAAAGUUUCCAAUAUCCCAAGAGAACCACACAAACAGUGCUACACUCAGGAAAUCUACAGUCUGCCCAGUCACUCACCAGGAGGUAACUGGACCCAGUGAAUUAUCUUACAACAGAAGAGACCUCAGCUAUACAUCAUCAUAAUAUAUUACUGGAAGGUUAAUUAGGGUACUGUAUUCCCUCUAAGGGGGGGUUGGUGUUUACCCAGUGGUAAGAAGGGGACAUUUGAACAGAGAAGAUUAACGGUAAUCUCUCGAAUCAGUGGAUUUGUACUGAUUUGGAUCAUGGGGAUGCCAAAGAGUUGAGUGACAUUUCCUACUGUACAUUCCACAGGUCUG